AAUCUUGACAGGUUUCGUACGAUGCAUAACUGUUUCGGCAAGUUUGUCAGUUAAGACUGUUUCAUGCCAAUUAAUACAGGCUAUUAAAUAUUAUCUGGAUUUUACGAAUUAAAACUUGCUAGUGUUUUCUGUACCAAAGUUCUUGUCUAACAUAAUUAUAUAUAGCAGACAUUUUUUUACUUUCUUCUUAAAGGAAACUGUGUUUUAAAGAAUGACUUCAAAACUAUUGAUUUUUAAGACUGCGGUAUUUGCUUUACUAUGUUUCAUAUUCAUGGAUUCAGUAACGGGGCAUGGUCGAUUGAUCGAACCCGCUUCCAGAAAUAGUAUGUGGAGAUUUAACUAUAAGAAUCCCAGGAAUUAUAAUGACAUGGGACUAAAUUGCGGUGGAUUCACGAAUCAGUUUGAACGUCAUGGCGGUAAAUGUGGUGCGUGUGGUGAUCCAUGGGAAGGGCCACGCGAAAACGAGGCUGGCGGAAAAUACGCACGUGGAGUUGUCGCACGUCAGUAUCAUAAAGGCGCUUUCAUCAACGUCACUGUAGAGCUUACAAGUAAUCAUCAAGGUUACUUCGAGUUCCGCCUAUGUCCAGUGAACAAUCCACGUAAAAGAGCAACACAAGCCUGUCUAAAUAGACACUUGCUGAAUAUUGUGGGUCACGGGACGAGGUAUUUUAUCACGCGACAAGGAGCUUCUGUUUACAUAGAGAUGGCCGUCAUGUUGCCGCCAAAAUUAGAGUGCUCACAGUGCGUUCUGCAGUGGAAAUGGGUCGCAGGUCAAAGUAUGGGACCGGACGGUUAUGGAGGGGAAUGUCUUGGUUGUGGAAAUCAAGAGAAUUUUAUCAACUGUGCAGAUAUAGCUAUUGGUAACAAAGUCGUAUCUCCUCUUCCUGCAUUGCCAGGAGAUAGUGCACCCCAGCAGCAACCUGUGCCAGAACCAGCCCAGGCUGCCAGUGACAGGGCUCCAGCCGCAGCUCCAGCUGCAUCCGGACCUCCAUAUAAUACCUACAAUUCUGGAGCCAAUAACGGAGGUGGGACAAAUAACAAUGGUCCUAACAUGGCAUUGGUUAAAGAAAUAGUGAAGCAACUUGCUCAAACUCUUUUAUCACAUCAACAACCAGUUCAAACUGUUAAACCGACAUGGAAACAACCUCCCACGGCCCCACAAGCUCCAGUCACAGAAAAACCAUGGAGGAGACCGUCACCUUUACCAACUACGCAACAACAAUGGCAGUCCCCAACAACACAGCAAUGGCAAACUCCGUCUACUCCACAGCCGUACGCGUGGCAGACUAAUGAUUGGGGAAAUUCUGGUUCCAAUCAGCAUGUAACUGAGGCCCCUGCUUCAAACUAUCCAGGAUAUGAACCAGGAGAAUAUCCGGAACCAGGGGAAGGCCCUUCUGGAUCAAACUCGGGCUCUAGCAACUCUGGACAAUCAAGUUAUUUGCAGGGAUAUAACGAUGCUAUGCGACAACUUAAAAACUCUUUCGGAAAUGGUGCUGGAAAUAAUAACAACGCACUCAAUGAAAUUUCUCUGCAUUUGCAUGAAACACAAAAGCAUUCCUCUCCCCAAAGUUAUGGCGGAGGAGCAAUGCCUCCAACGUGCCCUGAUGGCGAAUACGAAUGCGUGGCUAAAAAUUCACCACCGGGUUCCGAUUUUGAUUCAUUCUGCAAUAAUGUUUGUAAUUUAGGUCAAUGUCCAGCAGAUAUGUGUUCUUGUUCGUGUCCGAAUGGUGGAUCGUGGUCUGGCUCGUCCUCGGGGGCAGGCGGUAAUUGCAUGGCUGUCGAUAGGAAUAAAGGAUCAUCAAUGGACCAAUGGUGUGUCUCGAAUUGUGCACAGAAUAACUGCCCACAAGAUUUGUGUACUUGCCAGUAGAAAGCCAGUCUCUUUUAUUUUGUUAUUUCUUAAAUGUUUAAAUAUGUACAUAUUUGCAUAAUUUCAUAUUGAAACCAGUCAUAAAGAGUUAUAUAUUUAGAAUUAUAA